AUGGCCGCCAUUGCGCCUUUCGAGGCAGUCGACGUCGACUUCCUAUUUGGUCUAAGCGCCGACACCCGCCAAUAUGCGUACACAAACAAACGCGACUUCCUCGCCAUCAAACGGCGAGAGUGUUAUCGCCUUUGGCUUCUGAAUAGAAGUGAAUUCAUUGUGUUUCACGGCAUAACCGAGGACAUCUACCACAGAGACUUCCCCGAUUCCCGUCUCACAGAUACCUUCUUACCACGUCUCGGAGUUCUUCUAAUUCUAAUGCCGUCGUACACUCACGGGGUAACCCAGGGAGUUUUCUCCGCAGAGCUGCUUUAUAAGCUGCAGAGUAUGGGUCGCCUAGACAAAAGCCUUCGGUUUUUGGAGAACGCCGGUCGACGGGGGAAAGACCGAGAGAAGCAACCCGACAAAUCGUAUCAGCCACGGCGCCUGCCAAGGGGCCGCAGCACAAAGUGGCCCACCCUAGCGGUCGAGGUCGGAUACUCGGAGGAUUUGAGAAAACUGCGGUUGGACGCUCGAUGGUGGAUAGAGAAUUCAGGGGGAGACGUGAGAACGGUCAUCGUAAUUUCUGUGGAGCAGGACAAGAAGGAGAUAACAUUCGAGAAAUGGGGGUACGACCAAGGGCCGACUAAGCAGUUCCAAACAAUGCUGUCUGAAGGCAAGAACGGAAUUUGUGCCACCAACCAGAGCCCCCUUACGAUUACGUUCGAAGAUCUCCUCCUCCGCCCUGCACAAGGAGAGCAAGAAGGAGACAUCAGCUUCAAUACAGAUGAUUUGAAAGAAAUGGCAACAAGAAUAUGGGAAAUGCAAGACGAGGAAGCAAGGAUGAAGGAAAAGGAAAGGGAAGGCGAGGAUGAAGAUGAGGAGUAUGAAGAGGAAGACGAGAAUGAAGAUGAAAAAUAA